AUGGACAAGCCUCAUGGCACCGCCUUGGUGGCCUUGGAGUAUUCCAAGGGCGGCGCCUACACGCCGCAUCACACGGUGGGAGAUGUGGUUCGGCAUGUUCUGCAUCUUUGCCUGCAGCCUUUCCACAUCGUCAAGGCCUGUUGGCUCCCCGCCUGCGAUGUGGCGGUGGCCGUGAAGGGCAAGUCCCUGGCGGAGUCCACGGCCUUGCUGCGAACGGUUCUCUCCAGGAUGCUUCCAGGGGCCGUGGAAGUGGAAGUCAAUGCCAACAAGCAUCGAGACUUCAUGGAGUUCUGGGAUGCUGCGCAGCAGAAGGGUCCUGAUGAGAGCUCCAGCGCACCUGAGCACAAAGACCUGCGCCAAGCGCAAAAAGAAGAGAAGACGACAGACUGUGAAGCACAGACGGCCGUGGUGGACCGACAGCACGUGGACCUGGAGAUCGACAAGCUCCGCGCGCUGCUCGGGGUGGUGGAGGCGGACGUGCGGCUCCUGCGACAGGUGAAAGAUGAGGAGGGUGGAUUGCAGGAGUGCACGGAUGGAGAGUUCAUUCUUCGUAGCCCUCAGCAACGAAAGAAGCUGCUCUCCCAAGCCGUUCAGACAGCAGCAUCGCUGCAGGUGCUGAGGACGGUGAGACCAAGCGCAGCCAGCCCGCCGGUGGGCCAUCCACCCGAAGCUGUACCGCAAGGGCUGCUGCGUGCGGUGAAGAGCGCCUUGGAGCUGCGGAAGUCUCCAGUGCUGCGACCCAUCCCCAGAGGUGGAAGUGCUUCCAGUCCGCAGCUGCCAGGACUUCCCAUGGCCGACCCAAGCGCAAGUGGCGUAGGUGGAGCCCAGCGCGCGGUGGCCAUUAUGCCCCUGCAAGGUGCCACCAAGUUGAGAACGAGUUCAUCAACACCCAAGCUUCAAGGCAUUGGCGAACCUGAAGCUUGGAGUGGUGGGCGACCAAAGACAUCAGGAGUGCUUGGGUUUGCAAACCCGGCUGCAAGCAGCACAAGUACUUCACCCGCAAACAGCCAAGGCAUGGCCACCGGCGAAGCACGAAGUCGUCCACCCACAUCAGGGCUGCUGGCCCCUGUGACCCGAGCCUUAAGCACUCCCAGCACUUCGUCUACACGAAGCCAAGGCAUGCCGUGCCUGCCAGCAUCAGGAAUGCUGGGCGCAAAUCAAGCUGACAGCAGCCCAAGCACUUCCCCAGCACAGAGCCAAGGUCGGCGCUCUCGCCCACCACGGCCUUCCACCGACUCGGUGCCGUGUGCGCAUGGGGAGCAUGCGGAGCGUCACUGUGAACGCUGCCGUCAGCCCCUUCCAUCCGUUGCACCGGAGGCGAGUGAAUUGCUGGUUCGCUUGGAAGCGGCUGGGAUCGGGCCAUGGCAGAUUGCAGAGCUAAAAGCAAGCGAAGCCAGGCUGGCCGAGCUCGGAGCAGGAAGACGAGCACCACGUGUGAGCGCCGCGCCGCGCUGGAGCGACGGAGGCUGA